UUCUCCUCUAGGUCCUCCCCUCCCCCGUGGAGCUGGCGGCUGCCGCGCCACCUCCCCCCUUCCCCCGACCCUCCCGGCUCAAUGAAGCUUUCUUUUCCCGCAGGUUGGAGGCCGGGCAGCUGCGGUCAGGGAGCUGGACUGCAAGCGGCCACCGGGCGGCGGCCCCCGUGGCGGUGGGAAGCCUUCCAGUCCCUAGCCCUUCCUCCACGUCCCAGGCUAGCCCGAGUGUAAACAGUACAACUCCGGCUGGGCUACAGGCGGGUUUGGCCAAGGGAACUGAAAGCUCCGAGGGCCACUUGGACUCUCUGGUGCCCCCAGGGUGCCCAGGGGUGAUGUCACAUUCUUCACUCUGAUGUCAUGUUGAGCACAUGACUUCACACGCAGUCCCCAAGAUCGGGCGCCCAGGCCCUCCGGCUGAAACCACAAAGUUUCUCUACGUGGAGCCACUUGUGCUUGCCCCAGGGUUGUGGAUAGGGGCCUGGAGGUAGUGCGCCGCUUGGCUUAUGGCCAGGAAGCGCGGAAGGAACUGCCGGGGGCCAUGGACGGGGCUGUGAUGGAAGGGCCGCUCUUUUUGCAGAGUCAGCGCUUCGGGACCAAGAAGUGGAGGAAGACCUGGGCUGUGCUGUACCCGGCCAGUCCCCAUGGUGUAGCGCGGCUCGAGUUCUUUGACCAUAAGGGGUCGAACUCUGGAGGUGGCCGCGGGGGCUCGCGCCGCCUGGACUGCAAGGUGAUCCGUCUGGCCGAAUGCGUGAGCGUUGCACCGGUGGCGGUGGAGAGCCCCCCUGAGCCGGGCGCCUCUGCCUUCCGCCUGGACACAGCGCAGCGUUCGCACCUGCUGGCUGCGGAUGCGCAGUCCAGCGUUGCUUGGGUGCAGACAUUGUGCCAAAACGCCUUUCCGAAAGGCGGCUGGGCUCUGGUGCCGGCAGAGAACCCACCUAAGCUUUCUGCCCUGGAGAUGCUGGAGAACUCUCUGUACAGCCCAAUCUGGGAAGGAUCCCAGUUCUGGGUAACCGUGCAGAGGACUGAGGCUGCUGAGCGCUGUGGCCUGCAUGGCUCCUAUGUACUGAGAGUAGAGGCUGAGAGACUGACUCUCCUGACUGUGGGGACCCAGAAUCAGAUCCUAGAGCCACUCCUUUCCUGGCCCUACACUCUGUUGCGUCGCUAUGGCCGGGACAAGGUCAUGUUCUCUUUUGAGGCCGGUCGCCGCUGCCCCUCUGGCCCUGGAACCUUCACCUUCCAGACGACACAGGGAAAUGACAUCUUUCAGGCAGUUGAGACUGCCAUCCAUCAGCAGAAGGCUCAGGGCAAGGCAAGACAGGGGCAAGAUGUCCUCAGAGCUGACUCCCAUGAAGGGGAGGUGGCAGAAGGGAAAUUGGCUUCUCCUGUUCCCCAGGAGCUACUGGGCAGCACCCCAGCCCUGUAUGCUGAGCCCUUGGACUCCCUGCGCAUUCCUCUAGGCCCUUCCCAGGACUCUCUCUACUCAGACCCUCUGGGCAGCAGCCCUGCUCAGGCAGGGGAGGGGGUACAGUCCAAGAAACCUCUUUACUGGGACUUGUAUGAGCAUGUGCAGCAGAAGUUGCAGAAGGCCAAGCUGUCCAACACCAAGGAGGACCCCAUCUAUGAUGAACCUGAGGGCUUGGCCUCAGCCCCUCCCCGGGGCCUUUAUGAUCUGCCUCAGGAGCCCAAAGACGCAUGGUGGUGCCAGGCUCGAGUGAAGGAAGAGGGCUAUGAGCUCCCCUACAACCCUGCUACUGAUGACUACGCUGUGCCACCCCCUCGGAACACAAAGCCCCUCCCAGCUCCCAAACCCCAGGGUCUGGCCUUGCCUGAACCUGGUACUACAACUGGCAGUGGCAGCAAGGGCCACAGCUCAGACACUGCCCUGUACAGUCAGGUCCAGAAGAGUGGGCCCUCAGGGGGCUGGGACUGUGGGUUCUCUAGAGCAGGGAAUGACAGAACUGGGGUCAAGACAGAGGGCUCUGCCUCUCAAGGUUGCUGAUAUGAGGAUCAAUGGUGAGGCUGCACUGGUGAUCAAAGAAACAUGUUAAAACCAGUAGGACCAGAGGGUGGGAGGGGCCCAUGCGAGACUGGGGGACCAAGGGAUUAGGGAAAUCAAGGGGAGGUCCAUCAGUCCCAAGAAGACCUAGGGAGUGGAACUGAUGGCAGGGCUGAGGGAUGGGCUCUGGGGAGGGUCAACACUCCUAAGCUAUUCCUCUCCCAAAGGAAUGGACAGCUUUUGGUCCAGGUCUACAGAAAGGGAUACUUGGUCAGAGUGGAUACAGUUUGAAGGGCCUGUAUGGAAGUGCCUGGUACCUUACCCUUGCGCUUUUCCUUGCCAGAGAAAUAUUUUUAAAAAUUUAAAGAUUCUCAUUAAAGUCAUCUUGA